AUGCCUGUAUCUUCUACUGCGGCUCCUGCAAAACUGUCCGCGGACGGGACCAGUAGAAAUUUCGCCAAGGCUACUCCCGAAUCGCUUCAACAUGGGCAGCCCAGCGAAGCUCAGAGUGACCGAGGAGAGGUGCCACAGAAGACUUCAAUAGCACCAGCUGCGACACAGACGUCUCCUAGGGGCCAUCCCAAAGGUGUUCAAACCGACCGCUCGGUCGCUGCUUUUGCUCAAGGCUUGGCUCAUGAGGUCGCAGUGGAGGUCGGGGAGUUCCUCGGAGAGAAGGAAGCUGACUUGGGUAUAGCAGUCGAUCGGGAAGCCUCUCCAUCCAAGCCUGACAAGAGAUUCUGCACAGCAUGUGGCCGACGUGCUACCAUUGGUGUUCCCAAAAACACCCAGACGGAGCUCUCGGAGGACGACCCCGAAGAUGGCGUUUUGUGGCCCAAGCUAUCAGCUUACCUUUAUAAGGGACCUACUAAGCAUCUUGCGAUGAAUAUGUGA